AUGGAGAGAAUGACAGACGUGCUCUCCAAUGCAAACGGGAGCGACCACCGAAAGAGGAGCAUCCUUCAGAGCACAGACAAGGGAAGAUGUCUGGGAAACACGGGCGGGGAGAGCCCUGCGAGCGGCGGUCGGGAUGCAGGCUGCGGACACGGCGCCGUAGCUCCGCUCUGCCCGCCCGGCAGGAAGCGCAGCUCCGGUCCCGCCGCCGCCGCCGCCGCGCACCUCGGGCACGGCCCCUCCCGCCCGGAGCCGCGGGGCCGCAGCGGGGGCAGCGCCGAGGCUCGGCCCCCACCCGCCCCACCCCGCACCGCCCCGCCGUUGGGGGGGGUCCGCCCGGGCACCCCUCGGCGCAGGCCCCGCCGCCGCUCAACAGUUGUUCCCCGAGGCCGCUCCCCGGGGCAGGGGCAGCCCCGGACGUGGGGCGCCGUCCCCGAGGAGGGCCCUUCCGCCACCGAGCGGGGCCGCGCCGCCACCGGGACUUUCCUCCGCGGCCACGCCGCCAAACUCCGCGCGGAGCGACCGCCGUCCCACCGCCACCGCCGCACCGCACCGCACCGCGAGAGCCGCGCCCCGCCCCGUUUGGCCCCGGGACCCCCCGGCAGCGGCAGGUGCCGCCGGUGUUCGGUGUGUCGGCGCCGGAUCCUCCGCGCGGGGUCGGGCAGCGGCACGCGGCGCCGUCGCGGGGCACACGGAGCGGAGCGGCACCGCCGCUGUCACCGCGCGCCGCCCCCGCCCGCCGCCGUCCCGCAGCGGGACGCUGCCAACCGCCCCCCCCCCCCCCCCAACACCCCCUCGGCACCCCCCCUCGCCCGCCGUCCCGGGACCGGUUUCCAUGGAGACCCCCGUCCGAGGGCCGCGCGGGGCCGUCCGCUCGCCGCCGUCCGCCCGCCCCCGGCGGUGGGUGCGGGGCGAACGGGCCCGGGGUUACCCGUGUGA